AUGUCCCUUCUCGGAAAAUGGAUCCCGAUGAUACCCGCCCUCAACAUAAAAACGGUCAUUCUCAACUUUCGUUCAUAUACUCUGCCAUAUUACGGCCUGCCUUCGGCCAUGUUCAUAGGCGAGUCCCUCGAAGUACUGCACGUGAGAAAUUGCAGGCUGAGUCCGGUCAAGCGAGUGUGGUUUAAAAGUCUGCGCACGCUCACCCUCGAAGAGGUCCACUUUGGUGGCGACACUUUGGAUACGAAAAUGUUGGGCUGCCCUUUGCUCAGUCGCCUGGUCAUUAAAUAUUGUUGGAAGUUGAGAAACGUUAGGCUGAGCGAGGCGCCUGGGCUCAAGCACUUUGAAUUGUGUGAUUACAUGAAGAUGGAAGGGCGUAGCAUCGAAAUCGAUGCCCCGAAUCUCGAGACAGUGUCACUAAGUGGCCCAUGGAUUUGGUGUCACCGGGAAAGCACAUUAUUGUUCUCUCGGCUCACGAGUUUGGAUCUCUAUAGUGUGAUCCUGUCGAGCGAGUCGUUUGACUUGUUAUCGUUCGGCUGCCCAACUCUUGCUAGCUUGACCCUUAAUAAUUGCUCCGGUUUCGAGGAAUUCCAUCUUGCAAGUGAUUCGGUCAAGUACUUGAACAUCUCGACCAGCAAAAUACCGCUUAAAGAAGCUAUGAUUUGUGCCCCGAACAUUCUCAGGUUUACGUUCACUGCCCGUAUUCCCAAGGUCCCGGACACAUUCUCUUUCACGACCACUACUUCCAAGGAGUGGGAUUCAUAUAUAUUCCUCUCAUCGUGUGAGGAAGAUCCCGAUUUCGACAUCAAUUGGUGGUUCCUUGGGCUGAGACGACUGCUCAAGGCAUUAAGCGGGUCUUCGAUUUCUCUGUUUUUGCAGAUCGACGGCGGCCCUCGGGACGUGCCCUGUAGUAGUACUUUUCACGGUGACGAGCCACCUGUGGUGGUGCGGAGCUUGAAUUUUGAUACUUGUAAAUGUCGCACGGCGUCUUGGUACUUGGAGUUUACUAAUGGCUUGUUUCGUGUUUGUCGACCAAGUUGCGUAUGGGGUGGUAGCCUCAUGAGCGGGACGGACAGGAACUACAGGCUCUCGGAGUUUCAGUUAAACAUGUUGCUAGCAAACAAGAACGUCAGGACCGAGCCCUACUCUUGGCAACACGAUUUGGAGCAAGUUCACGUCAAUAGACAACUCGUGCAGUGGACUGAUGAGUCGGAAUUGCGGAACAGGACGUAUGGCGGGGUAAUAUGGCUUCGUUUGAAAUGGAGAGGUAAGACAACGGCAUAG